AUGCCAAGUGACAAUGAAACGUCUGGGACGAUAGUCACUUCUACCUUACGGCAUCUGAGAUGUUCUAUACACAAUCCAGAAUACCACGACAGUGUAGAUAAAGCUGCACAAGUUGCUGUUAGGGGUCGAUCAUCGCCUAUCAGGAUAGUUCUCUUUGGGAAAACUGGCGUUGGAAAGAGUGCAACUUGCAACAUGAUACUCGGGAAACGUUGCAGCAAAGAAAAAACAUCACAAUCUUCUGUUACAUUGACCUGUCAAAAAUAUACUGCAUUACUUCAAGGCGGCAGAGAAAUCUCAAUCGUGGAUACGCCUGGAUUAUUUGAUACUAAGCGAACAAAGGAAGAGACCAUUGACUCUAUAGUUAACUGCACUGAGUUAAGUUCACCUGGUCCACACGCCUUUUUGAUGAUCCUAUCAUGUAGAACAAGAUACACGGAGGAAGAAAAUGACACACUUAUGGAAUUAAAAUCAUUAUUUGGAGAGGAAGUUUACAGGCACACAAUUGUUGUGUUCACAAAUGCAGACGCCCUAGAUUGCACACCAGAAGAAUAUUGUAAAGAGUUUCCGUCAAAUCUAAAGGACGUCAUCAAGUCAUGCAAUGGCCGAGUAGUAUUUGUAAACAAUAAAGGUAAUUAUAAGAAACAUUCAGAUGAAAUACUUGGCAUAGUUGAAGACAUAGUGGAUGAAAGAAAGGAAUACUACAAAAGUAAUAAGAUGUUUAAGGAACAUUCAAACGAGAAAAGAACAAUAAUACAGUCUUUUGUCGAAGAAGAGAUUGACAAAAAACUUUCACAAAUAGAAGUCUUGAAGCAGGAAAUUGAAAAGUUAGAGAAAAUGGACGGAGCAAUAGACACCCAAAAAGGAAAUGAACACAAAGACACAACAAUGGACGAAAAAGAAAUUGUCAAAGAACUAGAAGAAAAAAUAUCUUUUCUGCAGAAGGCGAUCACCAAAUUAAAAAACAGAGGAAUAUGUUCAGUUUUGUAA